UGUGACGCGAGGGAUGCUGGGAAAUAUUAUUUCAAAGAUGGCGAGCUCCAUGGGACCAGAAAGCACCGAUAAAUCUGCUUGCAACACAGAUCUGUUACUCCACCCUGAGCUAUUGUCCAAGGAAUUUAUGAAGCUACUUUUAAAUGAGAAAAAGAUAUAUGCGGGAGAGGGUGACAGUGUCGACGGCCUCACAUCGCUCUACCUGCGGCAUGUCAUCCCACUCCCUCAACGAGCGCUGCCCAACACCCGGUGGGGCAAGCGAAUGGAGGAGAGGAGAAGCAGACACACGUCUGAUCAUCAGUUAAACAGAUCUAAAGAGGACUUCAACAGAAAACGGCCUCCGAUUGUGUUCUCCGGCAGCUCCCACUGCUCCAACCCAGUGAAAGUGAGGAAAACAGAUUCUCCUGCUGUGGCUACGGGGUGUACUGACCGGCUAAAACCGCCUCCUACAACCAACGUGUCCAACCCCAUACGCAAACUGUCCUCCCCCUCCCCUUCUUCUUCCUACCAAUCGACUUUGUCAUCUCCCAGUGAGACACAGACAUCCAACCUAAAAAGGGAAUCUGACAACCAGGAUGCGUUGAACUCUCCGGAUUUGAAGAAAAAGAUUCAUCAUGUGACGUGGCCUUGACCUUUGGCCUUUACAUACAAAGAGGGAGUCUUUGCACAAACUGCCUCCCUUGUUCUCUUCCCUAUAUCACCGGCUUCCAGAGGAGUCCACUGGUAAUUGAUGUCUUGUGAGACUCCUACAUAUGGUAUCAGGUCAAAACCAAUAGAGGAUUCUUCUUCUGUGUCUGUUUUCCAAUGGUCUUUACCCUUUCUGGGUAAAAAGGAAGGGCUGUCUCUGUAUAUGAACUGAGCUAUGGUCAUAACUGUAUUUUAAGUUUUGUGCUCAUUAAGCUAGCAGAUUAAAGACUUUAUCUGCAUCGAUUGACUUUCAAUUAACUGAUUUAGAUCAUGUAGCAGGUAAUGUGUUAUCUGAUUUGGCCAUACCACUCUUAUGAGCUGUGAUUUAUAUUAUGUACAUACUAAGGAAAUUAUUUGGUUUAAAGGUUUAUACAUGUGCAGAGUGAAGUACCUAGUCACUUUACAACUAAACAUUGAAUUGUUUUGAAAUUGUUAAUAUUCCGAACCAAGCAAAGUACUUUUUAAAGGUAGUUGUUGUAUUUUACUCUUUUUCAAAGCGACAAAUCAUCUCAAUUUACAUUAAAACAAUUUAUAAAUGAA